ACUCAUUACCGCGAUUGAAGAUAUCUUUAAUCGUAAUAUUCAUAUAUUCGUACUCAUUACUAAAAACAGUAAAAACAUUAGUAAAUAGUAAUUAGUAAUAAGUGACUUCACAAAAAUAAUAGUCGUGCAUGUAAACUGUGAUUAACCUAUAGUGCCUUAUUAUAAUUAUUAUUAUAUUAUAUAACGUCAUAAUAUUAGUCUGUGCUGGGGACACAGAGUUUGUAGAGCUACAAAUUUUUAAUUGAACAAGACAUAACAAACAUUGAAAUGUCCAUUAUCUAAUACAGCCAAUAUAGGCUAUUUAUUCACGGUGCUGCAGCUGUCUUAAAAUAUGUUCUUAGCAGUUUGUAUAAAGUCUAAUUAUUUUUUGAAAAAUUUUUCGAAUUUCAAAAAUAAAGUUCAGAUUAUUACAACAAAUAAAACCUACUCAACUGUACCCUACGUACAAGGACAAUCACCAGAGAACAAAAUAAGAGAGUAUUUCUAUUACAUAGAUCACCAAGGAAUGCUUUUUCUGGAUGAUAGCAAAAUGAAAAAUUUUACAUCAGCUUAUAAAGAAAUAGAUUUUUUAGUUUUUUUUUUCAAGCGGUUAAAAUUAAAUACAACUGAUCGAUAUAAGGAACACUUUCCAUGGAUAUCAUUAUGUGGUAGAGAACGGAAUUUUGUUAGAUGUGACGACCAUCCAAUCGUCUUCAAUCAAGUAAUUAAAGGUGAUGAUGGCAAUCUCUUAUUUUGUCAUAACCAUGCAGGUCCAAAGUUGACAGUUUUAUUUCAACCCGAUAAACUUUGGAUGGAUGUUGAAAACGGUAGAGUUUACCAUCCAGCCAAUGAGCAACAUGGAUCAAUAGGACUUGUAUCAUCUAAAACAGCUAUUGAAUUCAGUAAAAUGUUUAUAUACAAUGAUACAAAUAACUAUGUGCCUACACAUUUUUUGUGGAAUGGUAAAAAGUACGUUCUAAACCCAGAUUGGUUCAGACAUUUGAUUCGCAAAUAAGUAAAAUUCAAGUUUUUAAGUGAAUAGUGUCAAUCUUAAAUAUAUAUAUUAUAUAAUAUAUAUGUGUGUAAUUAAAAAGUCUGCAUUGUUGAAAUUGAUCUGUACAUUUUUUUAUUUUUUAAAUUUUAUUAAUGUAGUUUUUUUCUGCAAUAACAAUUAUUGUCAAUUAGUGUAAGAGAUACUAUAACAACUCUGUAGAAAUUGGACUACAAUAAAAAUAAUAUAUCAUUGUACAAGGCUCAAUAUUUUAUAAAUAACAAAUAAGUUUGAUUCUUUUAGUUUAGAUUUUACAAGUAUUAUUUUUAAUACU